AUGUUUCGCCCAGGAAAGUUGUCUAUACCGGCUAAUAUUUCGGCCAAAAUUGAAAGAAGUCCAUAUAUCGGCCUGAUAUAUCGGCCGGCCAAUACAUCGGUCAAACUUUACCAUCACUAUUCAAAAUGUCCCCGACGCUACGAGGGGGAGUUGUGCCAGCCUGAUAUGGAAGAGUGUGCCCAUGGCAGCCAGUGCAUGAUCAAGAUGGACGCCUUCCUGUGCCGCUGCCCCAAAGGAGGGCGUCACGCCACUCCACGGCAAGCCACGUUCCGCUCGUCACAACGGUGCUUUUUCUCGGCGCGGGAAGUUUACGGUCUGUACCUGGCGGCAGGCACAGUGGCCGCUUCGGCCCCGGCGGGCGUCGGCACGGCGGCCGCCCGCAAGCGGCGCCGCCAGCACGGUCAACUCUGGCUACCCGAGGGAUUCCGGACCGGCGAUAAACUAAGACGCCGGGCCGCUGGGGAAGAUGAAGCGGAAUUGAGGCCAUCAAAGAACUCCACGGACAAUUUGCUGACGGAUGCUCUCCCCGACAUCACAUUGGGCAACAACAGCUUUGAGGUGCCGGACGGUGAUCGCCGGCAGUGGACGCGGCAGCACCUGGACGCGGCCGACCUGCGCAUCCCUGGUGGGGGUGACACGGAGGCUGGGGACGUGGACGCGCGUGGGCCCGACGGCUUGACACCACUGAUGAUCGCGUCGUGCAGCGGCGGCGGUCUAGAGACGGCGGCCGGUGGCGAGGAGGACGCCUCGGCGGUGGACGACUUCAUCUACCGGGGCGCAAGCCUCCACGAGCGGACGGAGCGCAGCGGCGAGACGGCGCUGCACCUGGCCGCCCGCUACGCCCGCUCCGAUGCCGCCAAGAGCCUGCUGGAGGCCGGCGCCGACGCCAACGCACGCGACAACGCCGGCAGGACCCCGCUGCACGCAGCUGUGGCCGCCGACGCCCAGGGGGUCUUCCAGAUUCUGAUCAGGAACCGCGCCACGGACUUGGACGCCCGCAUGCACGACGGCACAACGCCGCUCAUCUUGGCCGCCAGGCUAGCGGUGGAAGGGACGGUGGAUGAGCUUAUCAACUGCCACGCUGACGUCAACGCCGUGGAUGAUUUCGGUAAAUCGGCGCUGCACUGGGCCGCCGCCGUCAAUAACGCCGAGGCCGCUAUUGUUCUCCUCAAGAGUGGGGCAAACAAGGAUAUGCAAAAUAACAAGGAGGAAACGCCACUUUUCCUAGCAGCCCGGGAAGGAAGCUACAAGACUUGCAAAGUCUUGCUUGAACACUUUGCCAACCGGGAGAUCAGCGACCACGUGGACCGCCUCCCGCGCGACGCUGCCCAGGAGCGCCUGCACCACGAUAUAGUGAGUCUGAUGGACGAGCGCGCCCCCCCGCCGCUGCCGGCCUCCCCUGCCGCCUGCGCAUCGUCCGAAAGAACAGGGAAGCCUCCCCGAAAAGCCAAGCCCUGCCACGGGAAGAGGAGGAGCCCGCAGAUGGAGGUGGGACGCCAAAGCGGCGGGCCCGUCAGACAGCUCGGCCGUCUUGUCCCCGGCCGACUCGCCUUUGCCUUGCCUCCGCCACAUGCCGGCGUCGGCCGGCUGGCUCUCUGGUAUGAUGGGCGCCCUUUGCGCCGGUCCUCCUCAGAUGACGGCCUACGGCGGCACGUGGAUGGCAGCGGCCCAUUUCCAUCCCGCCGAGCGACACUUUCUAACGCCAUCGCCCGGCUCGCCCGAUCGCUGGUCCAGCUGCUCGCCGCGCUCCAACAUCUCCGACUGGUCGGAGGGUAUCUCCAGUCCACCUACCAGCGUGAUGGGGGGACGUCUCACAGAACACUUCAAAUGAACCACGCACAGCACUGUAGACGGAAGCCUUCCUACCCAUAGAUAUCGCAUAUCUAUGUAUAUACCAUACGCAGAGUUUAAGGGGGCGCCGGGGCCAGACUCUCGGGGGCCGAAAAGUGUCAUUGCAUGUAAUAUAUGGAGUUUCCUAUAUAUGAUUUGAAAAUUAAGAGUUUCCCGUUAAGAUAUUGUCAAUAAAAGUUGUAAAGCAAUAAAAAAAUGAA